AUGCAAAGGAUGUGGUCUGUUUGGCUUUCUGUCAUUAGCUUGUUUUUAGUGGCUGCCACCCAUUGGCUUUAUAGGUGGAGGAACCCUAAAUGUAAGGGAACAUUGCCUCCAGGCUCUAUGGGCUUCCCACUCAUUGGGGAGACCCUUGAUUUUCUCGUCCCAAACAAGUCAUUAGACAUGCUGCCUUUUAUCAAGAAAAGGAUGAAAAAAUAUGGGCCAAUAUUUCGGACAAGCCUGGCAGGGCGGCCAGUUGUGGUAUCAUCGGAUCCAGAAUUCAACUAUUAUGUUUUCCAACAAGAGGGAAAACUAGUGGAACGGUGGUAUAUGGAUUCCUUUUCAAAGCUUCUUAACCAAGACGCAACAAAAAUCCAUGCUCAUAAAAACAUUCAUAAGUACGUCCGAAAAUUAGUGUUGGGUCACUUUGGUCCCGAGGCUCUCAAGGACAACAUGCUGCCCAAGUUAGAGGAUGUCAUAAAUCAAAGGUUGCAGAAUUGGGCUAAGCUCCCAAUUAAGUUUGGAAGUGCAGAAAAGUGUUGCAGCUGUAAGCAGAUCUUUGAUUUUACAGCCGCGCAGAUGUUCAGUUAUGAUGCUGAGAAAUCAGGGGAAAAUAUUGGUGAAUUCUUCACAGACUAUCACCAGGGACUUGUGUCAUUCCCCAUUAACAUCCCCGGUACAUCUUACCAUGCAUGUCUACAGAACAAGAAGAAGGCGAUGAACUUAAUAACUAAAAUGCUGAAAGAGAGAAGGCGUAAUCCUGACAUUCGUAAAGGAGAUUUAUUAGAUCAGAUGUUGGCAGACAUGAAAACGGAGACCUUCUUGACCGAAAAAUUCAUUAUCCAUAUGAUGUUUGGGCUUCUCCUUGCCGGCUUUGAGUCUUUAACAUCAACUCUUACUUUGGCCAUUAAGUUAAUUACCGAUCACCCUGAAGUGGUGCAAGAACUAACGGAGGAGCAUGAAGCAAUUCUUAAUAGCAGAGAAUAUACCAGUUCUGGACUCACGUGGAAGGAAUACAAAUCCAUGACCUUUACCCAUCAUGUGGUCAAUGAAUCACUAAGAUUGGCUAGUGUUGCUCCUGGGAUUCUGAGAAGAACAAUUCAUGACAUUCAAGUAAAUGGGUAUACAAUUCCAAAAGGCUGGGUACUUAUGGUUGUUCUUGCUGCCAUUCAACUUAAUCCAAACACUUAUAAGGAUCCUCUUGCCUUCAAUCCAUGGCGCUGGCAAAACGUCUCAGCAAACGUCACAGUAAAGAAUUUCAUAGCAUUUGGAGCAGGCAUGAAGUCGUGUGCAGGAGCAGAUUUCAGCAAGGUUCUAAUGGCUGUUUUUCUUCAUGUUUUUGUCACCAAAUACAGAUGGACAGCAACCAAGGGAGGAGAGGUGAUUCGGUCUCCUUCCUUAAAAUUUGGAGAUGGUUAUUUUUCUUCUGCAUUCGGAGCCAUCAAAACUUGA